AUGGCAAAAAAAUCUGAUAAUACUGGAGGGAAGCUAGUAACCAUAUCUGUUAUUGGAUUAUCUGGUACAGAGAAAGAAAAAGGACAACUAGGUAUAGGCAAGUCCUGCCUGUGCAAUAGAUUUGUUAGGACUGAUGCAGACGACUACAAUGUUGACCAUAUUUCUGUAUUGAGCCAGUCGGAUUUCAGCGGGAGGGUAGUCAACAAUGACCACUUUCUCUACUGGGGCGGCGUUCAGAAGGAGAAUGACGAUCAAGAAUAUCGAUUCGAAGUGGUCGAGCAGACGGAAUUCGUGGACGAUGCCUGUUUCCAACCGUUUAAAGCUGUGGGUAAAACGGAAACGUACAUUAAACGAUGCGUCGCAACCAAGCUACAAUCGGCCGAGAAACUGAUGUACGUCUGCAAGAACCAGCUUGGUAUUGAGAAGGAGUACGAACAAAAGCUGAUGCCAGAUGGAAAAUUGUCUGUGGAUGGUUUCCUCUGUGUCUACGAUGUCAGCCUCGUGCCUGGCAGGAGUUGGGAGAAGCAGAACGAAGUAACAGCAGCGAUACUGCAAAGCAUCCUAAAACUCAAGAAGCCAGUCGUUCUAGUGACAUCCAAGAAUGAUGAAGCUUGCGAACAAGGGGUCAGAGAAGCAGAACGUUUGGUCCAAAGGAAAGAGUUUAAAGGGUCCAUUCCUAUCGUGGAGACUUCGAGCCACGACAAUGUAAAUGUUGACCAGGCGUUCUUUCUUCUUGCGCAGAUGAUAGACAAGUCUAAAGCUAGGAUUAAGGUUGCGAAUUACGCUGAGGCUUUGCGGAUAAGACGGGAACACCUAGACUUUGUUACGGAGGCAUUCACUCAACUUAUUAGGAUACAUGUACAAGAUCAUAAAGAAAUGUGGUCGGCCGUCAGCAAGAGAUUGUGCCAUUAUCCAGAGUGGACGAAGUUCGUUCAGCAGUUUGGUCACGACGGGACUCAGGUGGUCUUUCGUCGACAUAUACGGCGCUUGAAGGAGGAGAGGUCUGCCAAGAAGCUCAGGAAGCAGUUGGCGAAGUUACCACAGGUUCUGUCCAGAAUACAACUACCAACCGACGACUUACAAGAAAACGAUUGGGGUGUUGUGGUACGACAAAUCCGUUCACAUCGUGACUUCUCAGUCUACUUCAGCGAGGGCAUACGUCACUCGUCGGGCUCCGGUUCGGGCUCCGAAGAGAGCCCCCUACCCAUUGACACUACGCUGCGGGUCGGAGAACGCGCUAGAUAUCAGACACUGGGACAGUCGCAGAAAAUACCCUUCGAGAUUUUGGAGACCAACGAAGCCGCUUCUGUGUUCAAAGCGUACCUUCACGAAGCGCAAGAGAAACAGAGAAACUUAGAGUGGUGUCAGCAAUUCAAGAGGUUAUUAGAGGAAACCGGCUACGUGACGCCCGGGAAGCAGUUGUCGGAAGUCCGUGUCCUUCUAAUGGGCAGAGAAUGCUACGAGGCACUUUCUGAGGACCAACAACAGCGGGUGUACGAUGAACAUCAAAGGGAGAUACAGAGACGGGCAAAACAUAACUUUCAGGAAUUAUUACUGGAGCAUGCUGAUCUGUUCUACCACUUCAAGAGGAUAUCACCAACUGGGACCAUAACUCAAGAGGACAUUAAGGAAAUAACUGAUGUGCUACAAGAUGAUUUUAGAUACAAAAUGCUAGAUCGGAUGGAGCAAGAUCGUAAGCUAAUGCUUUUCCAGCAUUUAGGCUUUGUGCAUUGUCCGAUGCGCGAGCACUGCCCGGCGGGGGCCAAUUGCCUAGAUGCGACCCUGCCCGUCAUUCUCAAUACUAGAGUCGGAUCUCUUACAUCGACUGGUGAAUCACAGUGCCAAGCUGGUCCGCCGGCUGCGCCAUGGGCAUUGACAUCUGACUCAAACCAAAUAAACGUCAUUAUAUUAGGGGUGGAAGAUAUAGCAUGUGAAUUUGGUAAGCGGCUUAUAGCUGGUUGUGAUGGAGAUAAGAGAGUCAAUGUAGCUUCCCAAAUAUGGAGGGUGGAGCAAAGGCUGGCCUGUCGGGAGAUCAGUGAGACUCCAAGAGACUUUGCACCUAAUGGUUAUUUCUGUGUAUACCAGGACCAAGAAUCCUUUGAAUAUAUCAGGAAUUGUGCUGAAAAGACGUUACUCUCAAGUUUAGAACAAGAAGAUAAGUUGCCGUUUCAGGGUCUUCCAUUAGUCGUAAUAUUUGUCCAAGAUGAUGGGAUGGAUAAGAAGGAACUGGCUCGUUUGCAAGAGGAGGGGCAGAAUCUUGCUGACAAUUUACAUUGCUCGUACAUGGAAGCGUCUGUGAAUGAAUUGGGUACGGAGGCGCUAACGGCGGAUGCUGUACAGGAGCUGAUUAGAGCCAAUCGCGAGAAGGCCAGCUAUGCUCACCUGUAUAGAGACCUCAUUGUGUGUUUUGAUGCUGAUAUCCGGAUAAUGGUGUGCAUGUUCUGUGACGAUCCAUACUCGCCUGACCGUGUUUUGAGUCCUUUGCUGCUGCAUCGGGCGUGUUUCCUAACCGGCGACAGAUCCAUCGUCAUCGAAACAUUCUUGGGCGAUUCCAAACGUAAAGUUGAAGUCAUUAUAUCGAGUUUCCACGGCGCUAGUCAAUUUAGAGAGGAACUCAUACAUGGUUUCAUAUUGAUUUAUUCUGCCAAACGAAAAGCUAGCUUAGCGACACUGAAUGCUUUCUCAAUGAACAUCCCGAACCUGCCAAUUCAAAUGGUGGCAGUGACGGACGGUGGAGGAUCUGCGGCUAACACAUUCUUUGGAACGGACCUGGGUCAUGCUCUCAUAACGGAUGGAAACGCAACCGCUGAUCGCCUCGCGGCCCAUUUUACUACAUAUACUUACAGCAACUCAGCUGAAACUAAAGCUGCAUUUUAUACGCCAUUCUUCAAAGAAGUAUGGGAGCGUAAAGGAGAAAUUGAACGUGCAUUCCGCAUGGAACGGCCCAGUGGUGCGCACGCUCAUAAUUUACCGGAUGUAGCCGCUGCCCGUCCACCGAGAGAUCAUGCUUAUCAUCUUGAUCAUCAGAUGGAACACAAAUUAACCAACUCCCUGGACUUACUAAUUGGACCAGAUUCGCGCGCUGAUAUGGACUCCGAAUAUAGCGAUACCCUCAAUAAUUCGAAGAACAGAAGCUUUCUCAAAGGUUUCAGCGUAUACCCUCCACCAAGUACUCCACCGGAACCAGCGCCUCCAGAUCAUAGGAUGCAUGCAGAUCUAUCACAUGGCGGUGGACUGUGGCAGCCGGCUGGCUAUGGACCUCGUGCAUUCACCACGGGCCGACCCAGACCCCACCCACCACCGCAUAGGCCAAGACAUUCACAAACUCUUAAGCAACCAGGAAAACUAGACAUGAAUAACUACACAAUGGUGAGUGAUGCACUGCAACACAUCACGAUUGGUCCAGCGCCACCCAGGGAAAGUAGGAAGUCUCAACGGUCUGGAUGGUCUCAUGGUCAACAGGCAGGCCAUCAUCACCAUCCUUCUGGUGUCAGUUCGGAGACAGAAUUGGAUGCUCAGUACGCGCAGAUCAAGGAAACCAACGAAUACAUGGAAGCUCCGUCCAUGACGCGUUUGAGGCGACAUAGGAGGCACGAGAAAACACCUAUGCAUCAGCCGUCCUUCUCAGAAACGGAUAGUUCAGGCUCGAGUGAAGCUUCCGGUGGCGCUGCAAGGGUCCACGCCCGGAGACGGCACAACGCCCAUCACGCGCCUAGGCAUUAUAAGAAAAGAUCGCUGGGUAAUUUGGUAGCCGUACAAAGUCCGCGCGUCCCAAAACUGGGCAUGUUUGUGGGACCACCCGAACUUCCAACGGGCUACAGAGCUAGGACGCAAGAGGAUAAAGCGAGCGAAUCGAGUGAUGGUAGUUCUGAUGGAGAGACGCGAAGGCCGCGACCCCUGCCGCCCCCACCCCACCACGAGCCUCCACAUAAGAUGUUAUCCGGCGAUUAUCCGUCGUCCGCGCAAGACAAUUCUUCUUCAAGCGCGGCUGAUUCGCGUCGAAGGCCGCAAGCGUUCAGCAAACAUGAUAGAAGACACAAGGAAUUAUCUAAGAAGGAAAAGAAGAAUGCAUCACAAGCUCCGAAUACUGUUUCAGCUCUGAAUUGGGGCCCACAGGGCCCACACGGAGUGCCUCUGUUUGUGGAGAAAUGCGUACAGUUCAUUGAGCGAGAAGGCCUGGCCUCGGAGGGUCUAUAUCGUGUUCCUGGCAACAGAGCUCAUGUCGAUAUGCUGUUUACAAAAUUCAGAGAGGAUCCAAAUGUAGAUUUAGACGCACUGGAUAUCCCAGUGAACGCAGUAGCUACAGCGCUGAAGGAUUUCUUCUCUAAGAAACUACCGCCAUUACUGGACGAAGCGAGUAUGGCGCAGCUUGAAGAUAUUGCAGCAAUGCGCGGAUGUAUUGCGGGCGGCGUGGAGUUGAAAGAUCGUAGUUGGCGUUUGCUUGCUCUGCGGGCUCUUCUCAACUCGGCCCUCACAGCGCCCGCUAGAGCAACGCUUGACUACUUGCUGCAUCAUUUCGCCAGAGUGGCGGAUAACUCGAAGCUAAACUCGAUGGACAGCAAGAACUUGGCAAUAUGCUGGUGGCCGACGCUGCUGCCGGUGCAGUUCUCGGACAUGGGCCGGUUCGAGAUGACGCGGCCCUACCUCGAGGACAUAGUGCAGACCAUGAUCGACCAGCACCCGUUCCUGUUCAGGGGGCAAGAGGCCUUCGUUAUGGUCUGA